AUGCCCAGCUCCCAUGCCCAGUGCCUCUGUGGCUUCUGGCCGAGGCUUGUCAGCUGCUUGAAGCCCACCACUUUCGACCGGGGGCAGAACAUCAUCACCGAGGGUGAGGUGGGCGACAAGCUCUACAUCAUCGAGCGGGGUGUCUGCGAAGUCCUGAAGAAGCUGAAUGACCGUGAGGUGACCAUUGGCCAGUUGAGCAAGGGCGCCUUCUUCGGAGAGAUUGCGGUCCUGUAUGACAUGCCUCGAACUGCGACGGUCAAAACUCAAACCGGCGUGAUUGCCCUCGCCUUGAGCAGAGCAGACAUCCUCCAGCAGUUGAGCAAAGAGGACUUGGAGCGCAUGAAGCUCAUUGCACGAACACAGGUCUUCGGCAGUGUGCCUUUGCUCGCAGACCUGGAUGCGGAGAAGAAGGCCAAAGUCGCCCUGGCACUGAAGAGCCAAAAGUGGCACAAAGGAGCCCUUCUGGCUGGUCAGAACCACAUCACGUCCCGGAUGUACAUCAUCGAGCAAGGGAACAUCCUCAUGACCCCUCCGAAGAGGAACAAAUCUGCAGCUGCCGAGCAGGAACUGCGCCUGGGACCUGGGCAGUACUUUGGGAUGCGGGGAUUGCUUUUUGAAGCACCGAUGGGCUUCACGGUGACCGCUGACAGUGACGUGGUCAUGACGCUGUCCAUCAGCUAUCAGGAGCUGGUAAACACUGCUGGCGAAGAGCUUUCAAGCAGGACGGAGAUGGCGGCGAGACUGCACAGAUCCAUCCGAGCCCACUUGGUAAGGCAGAUUCCUGCCAUCAAGAGAUUGGCGGAUGAGAACUUCCAGACAGUUUUUCAGCAGGCAGAGGAGGUCAGAUUCCUCAAGUGGAAUGUGAUCUUCAGACAGAACUCCACCUUGAGAUAUGUUUAUGUCCUGGAAAGUGGCAAGCUUGCCGAAUACAAUGGCCUGCCGGAUCAGCUGGUGGAGGGCAGCGGGCAGGUGGUUUUCAAGAAAUGGAACGUCAUAAUGGACAAGGAUGCGAGCUCGGAGUAUGUUUACCAGCUCAAGUCUGGCGAGGUGGCGGUCUAUGACGGCGACCUCAAGGAAAGGCGUCCUUUUGACUCGAAGGCCAGCACCUCCGAGGCUGUCAACUGCCCCGAGCACGUGAUGCCUGGUGAGUACUUUGGGGCGGAGUGCCUGUCCAGCAAGAGCGCCAUAGCACCAUACUCGCUGGUGGCCUUGACGGAUGUAACGCUCAUCCGCUUCCCACCGAGCUCUAUAUGGGCCGUCCAGGAGGAGCAGCGACAAUUCCUUUCGAGGAUCCAGCUCUUCUCUGAAGACGUCCUGACUAAGGAAGAGCAGUUCAUGCUUGUCGGGAAGCUCAAGCCCUGGAAUUUCCCGGCCGGAAGGUAUAUCAUCCAAGAAGGGGAGAUUGGGGACAUGCUCUUCAUCAUCGAGAGGGGCGUCUGCGAUGCCUGCAAGCUCUUGGAUGACCGUGAGGUCGUACUGACCCAGCUGAAGAAGGGUGCCUUCUUCGGAGAGCUUGCAACGAUGUUUGACAUGCCAAGAACUGCAUCUGUGCGUGCGGCCACACACGUCACAGCCCUUUCCCUCACCCGCGAGGACAUUUCUAGCCUCAUCGGUGAGGACAAGAUCGCAAAGAUGCAGAUCCUGGCAAAGGCCCAGGUCUUUGGCAGCAUCCCCAUCUUGGCCGGUCUCACAGCAUCUGCCAAGAACACCAUUGCACGAAGGUUGCAGCGGCGUACCUUCCGAAAGGGUGACGUCAUCAUUGACCAGGAGGACACAGCAGACAGGCUUUUCAUCGUCGAGUCUGGCUCAGUGAUGGUUCAGUGUGGUGACGAGGAGAAGGGGCAGCUGCUGCUGGCAGGAAUGUCAUUUGGAAUGGACAGACUGCUGUAUGACGAACCGUAUGACAUCAAGGUGACCGCCCACUCCGGAGAGGUCAAGACGCUCUCCUGCACCGUCCCGGACAUCUUGGCUUCGGCAGGCACUGGGGAGCAAGAAGCACUGGAGAGGCAGAUGAAGAGGGCCUUCCACACGUGGCUGCUGAAGAGUGUCUGUCUUCCUGGUGAGUCUGAUGCUCGCCUGGCCACUGCCCUGGGGCAUUGUGACGUCCUAGAGUUUGAGGCAGGUGCCACAGUCUUCCGGGAGCAGGAAGAGCUGAAUGCCGCCUACAUCGUCAUCCACGGUGUUUUCGAGUCGAAGGGCCUGAAGAUCCAAAACCGUGCAGAAGUCCGUGGCAACUUGGUGAGCGCUUCCCCCAUCGCCUUUGUGCGCGACUCCGAGAUGGAAUGGGUGCAGCAGCCGACUCCAGUUCCGGCUUCGCACGCCCUGCACGCAGAGACCCACGGCGCGCUGCUGAAGGUCCCUCUUUUCGUGGUCCGGCCUGCCUGA